GCUGAAACUGGAUAUCUGCUCCACCCCCUCUGUUGAUCUGCGCCAACAUGGCUGAUGAAACGGCCAAAGCUCAGGUUGCCCAGCCGGGUGGAGACACAAUAUUUGGAAAAAUCGUGCGCAAAGAAAUUCCUGUUAACCUAAUUUAUGAAGAUGAUCAGUGUGUUGCCUUCCCCGAUAUUGCUCCACAAGCUCCCACUCACAUCCUGGUCGUCCCAAAGAAACCAAUUGUCCAGCUGUCACAAGCCGAGGAAAGUGAUGCUGCAUUGUUGGGCCACAUGCUAAUAGUUGCAAAAAAGCUCGCUGAAGAGGCAGGCCUAUCAAAAGGCUACAGGAUCAUCAUCAACGACGGGCCUGAUGGUGGCCAGUCUGUCUACCACAUCCACAUUCACGUCUUGGGUGGACGUACUAUGGGAUGGCCCCCCGGCUAACCUUCGUCGUUUUGCACAUUGUUCUGCGCCUUGCCGUGUUAACGUCCCUUGUCUGACAUGAGUCCUGUUAAACAGUGAAACAAACGUGGCAAUACUAUGGUGUUAAUAAAAUACAAAACAAUG